AUGUCGUCCAGGCUCUUUAACAACACAGAGAGACGCACCAAUGGGACCGCCGAUAAUGCUACGGACGCUGCUGCCGGUUCCAAGCCCCGCAUGACAUCUGGGCACAGCUUCAACAACAAGGGGGAAUUCCACGGCUCACGAAGCAUCGACUCGCCUCAGUCCGGAUACAGUAGUAAUGCCACGAGUACGGCGCAAACGGCGCACAAGCGAAGUGCUUCAGGAACCUCGCGGUCGCGGAGCAGGGCUGCCACUACAACCGACGAGCGUAGAACUGAAAAGGUGACGGUGACGACCAGGGAGAAGCUGAUAGCACGCACAAAGAGCCCCGAGCGGCGUGUUGCAAAGGAUAGCGGGCCCCAAGACAAAUGGAGGCCGAAAGAGUCUGUCCGGCCCCGGACGGCCGAGGGCAAGCAGAAAGAGGCCUCGUUUGAGUCUCCCUCAAAACCAUGGGAUCCCGUUGCUUCGUUGGCGCCACACACAUCGGCGCCCCUAGCAAACCGUAUAUUGAAUCCACCCUUGGCUUCGGAUAUGCCCGCCGCCUUGCAACCGCAACCUCUUCACGAAAUGUCCUUGGAGGCUCAGGAGGCCGCCAUCAUCGAGGAUCUGCUGUUUGUCUUCAUGGGCUACGAAGGGCAGUACAUACGUUUCUCCUAUGCCUACAAGCCGAACGAGGAACGAGACCAGCUCACUGGACCGUCUUACAAGAUAUUGCCCGGCCUGGAUCCAAGUCUGGAAGAUCUGACCCAGGGCAUGUUGAAAAUGGCCUCACAGUACUCGGCUUUGGAGUAUUUCGUGGACGUUCAAAGCCGAGAGGAGUUUGGUGCAGUCAAUCAUGCUCUCUGUGCAGCGAUACGGAAGCUCCUGCAAGAAUACCUUGUCAUGGUUGCGCAGCUCGAAACACAAUUUCUCACCAAUGACACUUUUACAUUGCAUGUACUCAAUAUCCACACACUACCAACGAGUCAAAUCAUGUCACAACUCUACUCGUUGGCCCAUGAAUUCUUGAAGCGCAAUGCCUUGUUGGACGAAGAGAGCGAAGAAGAGUCUGAUCCAGAUGAUAUAGGACAGAUCCUGGAGAAUCUUCGAAAGGGUGGCGACAUUGUCCCAGGAAUGACCGGAAAGAAGGUGUGCAAAGGAGGCGUCGUGAUUGGCUUGGUUACGAAACGAUUGGAGACCAUGUCUGGUGAUCCGGCAGCCAGAUCGUUGCUCACUUCCUUGCUGCGCGAUGCCACCCGGCCAUACAUGGCUAUGUUGAACGAGUGGCUCCAUCGAGGUGGUAUCAACGAUCCACACUCCGAGUUUCUCAUCAAGGAGCAAAAGAGCAUCAAACGCGAAAUUCUAGACAAGGAUUACACCGAUGACUACUGGGAGCGUAGGUAUACACUCCGGGAGCAUGACAUUCCCCCACAACUCCUGGACGUCAAGGACAAGGUACUUCUUGCCGGCAAGUAUCUCAAUGUGGUGCGCGAGUGUGGUGGAGUGGACGUUAGUAAAGUCGCUCAAGACCUUCCGCUCACCUUUGACGACCCCCGAUUCCUGGAUAAUGUCAACAACGCCUAUGCCUAUGCAAACGAAUCACUCAUGAAGCUUCUGCUUACAACGCACUCCCUCCCAGACCGUUUACGGUCUCUAAAGCACUAUUUCUUCCUCGACCCAUCAGAUUACUUUACCUACUUCCUAGAACUAGGAGCAUCCGAGUUGCGAAAACCCGUAAAGUCGGUCAAUACGGUCAAACUACAGUCCCUCCUCGACAUUGUCCUGCGCCAACCGGGUACCAUUGUGUCGAUGGACGCAUUCAAAGAAGAUGUAUACAUAGAAAUGAAUGAGGUCAGCCUAAUCAAAAUGUUGCAGAGGGUCGUUAACAUCACCGGAAUGGAACAAGGCGAGGCCCUUCAGCCCUUGAGUAACCAGCCUGUUGAGAACGACAAGAACGCCAACGGCUUCACUGCUCUUCAACUCAAUUAUACUGUACCGUUCCCGAUAUCUCUGGUCAUUAGCCGGCAGACGAUAUGGCGAUACCAGGCACUUUUCAGAUACCUUCUUUCACUGCGUCAUCUGGAGUCUCAACUCUCUGUCACAUGGCAGAGCCAUAAUAGCGGCAUUGCUUGGUGUCACAAGUCCUCAUCGAGAAAUCUGGAGAUAUGGAAACGUCGUGUCUGGACCCUGCGAGCACGCAUGAUUGUCUUUGUACAACAAUUGCUCUAUUUUUGCACACUCGAGGUGAUUGAGCCCAACUGGCAAUCCCUCAUGUCGAGACUGAAAGCCAAGGAUGGCAGUCUCGAUGGCUCUGGCCAGCCUGAUCGCACGGUGGACGAGUUGAUGCAGGACCACAUUGACUUUCUGAAUACUUGCCUCAAGGGAUGCAUGCUUACUAAUGGCAAGCUCAUCAGAAUUCACUCCAAACUUAUGCAAACCUGUACCGUCUUCGCCACGUACACCAACUGGCUUGCCCGGGAACUUGAAAAGGCAGACCCAGAUCUAUCAGGCACUACUAGACCGCCGAAUAUGAGCGAAGAGCAGUGGAAGCGAUUCCAACAAGUCAAAUCGCAGAAGUCAUCCAGUCAUAAUGACAGCAUAGCCAAUAGUACGCUACACGACGAGGACGCCAGGAUCAACAAUCUCUUUGAGAUCAUCAAGAAAUGGGAAGUCAACUUUAGUAGACACCUGCAGAUAUUACUUGACGCGUUGAACCAUUAUGCCGCCACGGAAACCGUGGUUCUCCUGAGCUUGUGCGCCAGAUUGGCGACGGCAAACCAGGGCACUGAGUAUUAUGGGUUGAGGCACGAGGAGGACCUUGUGGCCUGA